UCCUCUGUUGUUAUUUCUUCUUGUAUACAUUCGGUUGAGAACAGAGCCGCUCAAAUGCUCCUUGGAUCCAAAUAAUUUGCUUCAGCAAAAUGAAACCAUGGAGAAUCCAAACUUUAUUUCGCUUUUUUCUAUCCGUCUCUAUCGUGCCGACUUGUUGGUGUGCUCAUACAAAAUAUGCUCAAAAGCUCCUGACUGAUUUAAUGGCCAACUACACAAGUGCACUGAGGCCUGUGGAGGACACAAACACCAUCCUGAAUGUAACUCUGCAGGUUACUCUGUCACAAAUCAUCGACAUGGAUGAAAGAAACCAAAUUUUGACUGCAUAUUUAUGGAUACGACAAGUUUGGUAUGAUGCACACCUCAAAUGGAAUAAAGCUGAUUAUGAUGGACUUGACACCAUUCGUAUACCUGGUAGUUACGUAUGGAGACCUGACAUAGUCCUAUAUAACAGUGCAGAUAAUCACUUCACCGGCCCAAUGGACACCAAUGUGGUAAUCCGACACGAUGGCCAGAUGAUGUGGGAUUCCCCUGCCAUCACCAAGAGCUCCUGCAAGGUGGAUGUGUCUUACUUCCCCUUUGAUGGUCAGCAGUGCAGGUUCACCUACGGCUCCUGGACCUACAAUGGACACCAGCUAGACAUCCACAAUGCACUAGACAGUGCUGACCUGGCUGACCUGGUGGAAAAUGUAGAGUGGGAGGUGCUUGGUAUGCCAGCUAAAAGGAAUAUUAUUCUGUAUGGCUGCUGUGCUGACCCAUACCCAGAUGUGACCUACACACUGAAACUCAAGAGAAGAGCUUCCUUCUAUGUUUUCAACCUGCUCAUACCAUGUGUGAUGAUCUCUUUUCUGGCUCCACUGGGUUUCUAUCUGCCAGCUGACUCUGGAGAGAAAGUGUCUUUGGGUGUUACUGUGAUGUUGGCGCUCACUGUCUUUCAGCUGCUGGUUGCAGAGAUUAUGCCACCCUCUGAGAGUGUACCACUUAUUGGAAAAUAUUACAUUGCAACCAUGACCAUGAUCACGGCCUCCACUGCUCUGACCAUCUUCAUCAUGAACAUUCACCACUGUGGCCCAGAUGCCAAACCUGUUCCUAAGUGGGCCAAAAUAGUCAUCCUGCAGUACAUGGCCAGGAUGUGCUUUGUGUAUGAAGUAGGUGAGAACUGCUUGUCACCACAGCCAGAGAAACAGGAACCUCCUGUUGCAAAGAACAACAACUGCACCGUGAAUGGACAGGCAGGACCAGGCAGAGAGGAUGACGUCUUAAAAAUGGAAAGAGGACAGGAAAUAGUGGGCUCCACCACCACAGAGGAGAAAGAGGAAAUGGAUCAGAUGAUGAGUCCAAUAGGUUCAGUUGGGAGGAACCCCACCAGUCACUAUAGCACUUGGAGAAAUGGCAUCUUCAUGAGUAUGGACUGUGGAGAUUCAGAAACUCCGAAGAGAUGCAGGAAGGGAGGAGUGAGUGAUGGAGAAAAGAAAGAUGGAGAGAUUUCUGGCAUCACACUCUGCAAUGAAGGACCGCUGCUGCGCAACAUUGAGUACAUCGCCAACUGCUACAGAGAUCAGAGAGCCACACAGAAAAGGACCGGGGAGUGGAAGAAAGUGGCCAAAGUGUUAGACCGCUUCUUUAUGUGGAUAUUCUUCAUAAUGGUGUUUUUAAUGAGCUUUCUUAUCAUGAGCAAAGCUAUAUAAUUGUAGACCUGCUCUGUCUCAGGUAGUGUUAGCCAAAAAUAUCUUUAGUGUUCAGAUUUCCAGACCUCUUCAAAAUGGUUUAUUCUGAAGCUGUGUCAUCUAUUUAUGAGUAGAAGUAGAUCUUUAAAUAAUAAAACGCUGAUUAG